AAAAUAUUUUACCCUUAAACAAAAUAUAUACAACAAAACAAAAGGGAGAGAGCAUGAAUUAUAUGAUAAAAACUCUCAUUUCAAGAUAUCAAUUUACCUAUGAUUGUUUAUUUGCAUUUUAUCUAGAAAUGACUGAUUCCACUAGACCUGAAUUUGACAUCUUGGACUCAGAAGGACUUGAGUACCACCAUUGGGUUUCUGAUGUAGAAAUGGCUUUCGUGGCUAAAGACUUCUCUGGAACACUUAAAGACCCCAGUGAAUUGGAAGAUGCACCAUCUGAAAAAGUGAAAGCAAAUGUUUUAAUGUUCCUAAGGCGACACAUUGACCCAAGUUUAUGUUGGGAAUAUCUUCAGUUGAAAACCCCGAAGAACAGUGGGGUGCCCUUAAGGGACGCUUUGGGAAUAUUCAUGAUACUCUGCUCGCAGAACUAAAUGCAUUACAUCCACACCGAGUGGAAGUGUGGGUGAGGCUGUGGCUCCUCAAAGGAAGAGAGGAAGGCCACUUGGUUCGAUUGACACUCAUCCAAGGAAGAAAAGGACGAGUGCGGCACAAACUAAUCCGUUACACAUCGAUGUUGAACAUCCAUCCCAUGAGAUUAUCUCUGAUUAUAGUUAUGUCCAUGAAUCAUUACUAGAGGACGCUCCGAUGUUCGAUAUGAUUCAAGAGAAUAAAGAAAUCUCAAUGGA